CCGAAGAUGAGCUCGCAGCUGCGGCGCUGGCGGGACGCGGCUUCGCUGCUGCUGGCGGCGGCGAAGCCGGGGCGGCUGCCGCGCUCCCCGCUCGGCUCCUUCGACUAUGAGCUGCUGCUGCUGCAGCGCAGCUCUCGCAGCGGCUUCAUGCCCGGCGCCUACGUUUUCCCGGGGGGUCUUUUGGAGGCGGCGGAUUUCUCGGCCGACUGGCUGGGGCUGCUGCCCGCCUCGCCUCAGUGCGGGCUGGGCCUGGUGAAGCCGCCGCCCCCCGGCAGCCGCCGCGCUCCGCUCUUCGCCGCUGCCCGCGAGCGCAUGGGCUCGCCGCUGCCGGGGGAAGUGGCCUUCCGUAUCUGCGCUAUCAGGGAAACGUUCGAGGAGGCGGGAAUCCUGCUGCUGGUGCCGCGGCGGGCGGCGGGCAGCGGGCCGGCCGCGCUGCUGCCCGCGGAGCUCUUGCCGCCCGCCGCGGAGCUCGGCGAGUGGCGGCGCCGGGUGCAGCAGGACCCGGGCUGCUUCCUGCAGCUCUGCCGGCACCUGGGCUGCGUCCCCAACAUCUGGGCGCUGCAGGAGUGGAGCAACUGGCUGACUCCUGUGGGCAGGGCGGGCCGCGGCGGCCGGCGCUACGACACGGCUUUCUACCUGUGCUGCCUGGAGGAGCGGCCGCCCCGCACCUCGCAGGACGACCAAGAGGUGACAGCCUUCCUGUGGUCAGCGCCUCCAGAGGCCAUUGAACGCUUUAAAUCUCAAGAAAUGUGGUUUGCUCCACCUCAGUUUUAUGAACUGUGUAGGCUGUGCAACUUCUCUUCACUACAUGAAUUACACAAGUUCAGCUCUGAUCGAGCUCUAGAAGGGUGUGAACGUUGGCUGCCUGUGAUGUUAACUGCUUCAGAUGGCUUCAUUCAGCUAUUGCCAGGGGAUGAGUUAUAUCCAGAAGAUCCAGAUUAUACAGAAGAAAAGAAAAUAAUCAUGUCAACAGAUAAGAAGGUUGAAGAUCUCAUGAAAGAGGGUAGUGUAUUUCACAGGAUAGUAAUAAAAAACAUCCACAAUAUUGCGGUCCAUGUUAAUAUUCAAGCAAAAUAUAAACAUAUUAAUCCAUUGAUGAUAAACUCUGAUUGUUCAGAUUGCAAUAGCAGAUUAUAAUACCUGUUUGGUUUAAAGCUAGAAUAUUUUUGAUUAUACAUGUUCACUGUGGUUUUGCUCCUUUCUGACAAUUGCCAGAUAGUCAGGAAAAUAUUCUGUUGUUCUGCCAAAGCAUUCUGUGUGUGUGUGGUUUGAGAUUUGUGUUUAUCAUUGUGUCAGUCUUUGGAACAGCACAGUUGUGCCAGUUGUGAUGUUUAUAAGCUACUGAAAAUUUAACAUAACCAUCAACUUAAUAAUAAACUUAAAUGCAAUUUAAUGGUAAUGAUACUGAACCAUUACCACCAUAUUCUACUUACAUACUAAUUGUAGAUUAUGCUGGAAUACGGGUCUGGUGAGUCACACAGGUCCUUUUCUUACUGAAAAUUUAAGUAUAUAUGAUGAUCAGAACAAAUACCUUUCAAGUUGAAGAAUUAUUUUACUAUGCUUCCCAAAGUUAUCCAUUAGACAACUGUAAUGUGUGACCAAGAAUGAAUGAAAUCUCCCAGUCAAUUCUUUCAUUUUUGGGAAAAUGUGUAUAUGUGCAUGUAUGAUUUAUUAGAUAAAACUCACUUUAAAAAAUAUUAUAUUGAUAUAUAAUUUAUAUUUGUUUAUAUAAGUUUAUAUUGAUAUACCUAAAUUAUUCCAGCUAAUUACAAUCUAUUAAAAAUUUUACAGUUUUCAAUGGUGGAGAUAAUUUAGACAAAGUCAUCUAUCAGAUUGAGUUCUCAACAUUCUUUUUACACAGAAUAAUUUUUAUCUUCAAGUUGUUAGCCAUUUAAAAAAUAGAAACAUUAAUUGUUUAGCUCUAAAAUGAUACCAACAACUUCAGGGGAUAUAUGUACUACCUUGGAAGCAUCCACUUCCCUAUAUCAAUGUCCCACAUUUAGCUUUUCAACUACUUCACUAAAAAUAUCUGAGAUUUAAGAAGUUCAGGGCAAGUAUUGCUGCUUGUUUUUCUGUUUUAGAUUUUUGUUUGUUUGGUCCUUUUUGUGCAGUAAGUGGAGCAGCAACAUUUUUUAAUUGGAAAUGAAAUGAAUGAUGACUUGAGAUAAGCCAGUAAAGUUGUUCAGAAAGCUAUGUUUCAGCUUUUGUUCUGUGUUUCAAUUAAAAUCUUCUGCAAUAUUUUCAUCAAA